CUUUCGUCCCUUACUUUUUGACCUUUUUUUGAUGAAUCCGUCCGGUGGCGGUGCCGGUGGCGCGUCCGCUUCUGGUGGCCAUCCUCACCUGUCCACAGCCUCACUGAGUGCCUUUGGUGGCGGCGGUGGCCCCGUGGUCGGCGGCACAAUGCAUCCCAAUCCAACCGGCAGCCUUCAGAACUUUGCCUCGCAGGCGAACACAGCGGGCAGCGCAUCGCCAGGAAGCAUCUCGUCCGGCAACGCGGGCCACAACGCAUCGUCGUCGUCCAUCUCGACCAUGGCCAGCGCGGCGACGACGGCGCAGAUCACGGGCGGCACGGCGUCUGCUGGCGCUUCCAUUGCAAGCGGCCUCGGCCAGUAUCCAGGGUCGCAGGGGCUCGGCAGCGCGUCGUCGCACGCGUCGUCGUUCUCCACAGCCAGCAGUGGCAACAGUCUGGCUGCCGCGGGGCAGGGAAGCUCACCCGCACCAGCAGCAGGACUGACGCUGGGCGCUUCCGGUCCGAUCUCGGCCGCCACAACCAGCACGCUCCUCCACCCGACUGUUCCCAUGUCCAGCUUCGACUUGAUGCGCCGUCUCGCGAUGGCCGAUCCCAAGCGCGCGGCGGUGAUUGCAGCCACUCCAGUCUCCCCGCUCCGGCCUGGCGCUAAUGCCGAGCAGCACUUGUACGCCCAAGCUAACGCCUCGCUGCCAAUGACGAUGGUGUGCACCGUCAACGGUCCCAUCAACUCGUUUAGCACAAGUCCGGACGGAACCAUGGUCGCCGUGGCUGGUCGCGACGUGCUGAAAGUCCUCAGCAUGUCGAGCGACCGGUGUGAAGAAGUGUACAACAUGCGCUCCGGCACGCGCGUCACACUCAAUUACAGCAGCAUUGACGUGUGCUGGCAUCCUCUCGAAAGCUACAAGAACAUAAUGGCAACGGCCGCUACCAAUGGAGCCGUUGUGCUUUGGGACAUUACGCACGCAGUCAGCCGAUCGAGCCGCGUCCUCACCGAGCACACACGCACUGUCAACCGCGUCACGUUCCACCCUUCCGACCCACAUCUCCUCUUGAGCGGCUCGCAAGACGGCUCUGUGAAAGUCUGGGACACGCGAAAUACCACAAAAUCCGCCAUCACGUUCGACGGGCGCUCGGAAAGCAUCCGCGACAUUCAGUUCAAUCCAUUCGACCACAACCUGUUUGCGACUGCGUCAGAAACGGGUCUUGUGCAGCUAUGGGACAUGCGAAAGCACGAAUCUUGCGAGCGGCGCAUUUCCAGCCACCACGGCCCGGCCUUUACAGUCGACUGGCAUCCGGAAGAUCGUUACGUCCUUGCUACUGGUGGCCGCGACAAGACCAUCAAAGUUUGGGAGUUGUCGGGCAAGCCGCACACUUUUGCCAACAUCCAGACCAUUGCUGCCGUUACACGCGUCGCCUGGCGUCCUGGUUUCCGAUGGCAACUUGCUAGCGCGGCCCUGUUGACGGAAAAUAGCAUCCACUUGUGGGAUUUGCACCGUCCGUCUUUGCCUGUCGCAUCCUUCCAAGAGCACCGCGAUGCCGUCACCAGGAUUGCGUGGCGCAACUCGUCCUCCUUUUUGUCGUCAGCCAAAGACUCGACCCUCAUCGUGCACAGUUUCCGCGACGCCGUCUAUCCGGCAGACUCUGUCAACCCGGUGAGCUUGUCGUGGAGUCCGCGGGGCGAUCUUGGGUUUGUUUCCGUCCGUGAGCGCGACGUCCUCCAAGCCGGCGCGCCGCUGCCAAUCAUUGCCUCAAUGGGACCUCAUCACGUCCUAACCGGCAGUCAGAUUGCAGCGCGAGACACGCCCCACCCCAGUGGCGCCAACCCCCCUUUCGUGUCCCAGCUGUUCAACUCUGCCGGUGGCGAGUACAGUCCGUUCAUCUGUCGACCAAAGCAGAAUCGCCGCGGCCGUGCUGUUGUCCAAGAUCCCGCCGUGCGGAUUGCUUCCGGUGGUCUUGCCACCCCUUCAUCCAAUCAUGUCGCCACUGCCGAUUCGUUGGCCACAUCCUUGUCCCGGACAGAGCGCGCAAUGACAGCAAUGUCAGUCUCGUCCGGUACGACGCCCGGCGCUGCGUCUGCUGAAUUCAAGUUCCCUGAUUACGUGGCGGCCAUUUCGAAUGGAGAGACCGCACCCAAUAGCGCUCUUGAUUCAGCCCGCCGUUCCGGGACUGUUUCGCCGUUUUCGCCUGCCUCAGUCUUGAGCUCUGGCGUGAUGUCGCCGCGAGAUGGCCUCCGCGCCGCAGUUGGUGCCAAGGCUGCUGACGUGGGGCCGCCGGCAUUAAGUGUCAGCUCUUUACUGCUUGGGUUUGAUGAGCGCGUCUUCCAGUACUUGGCCAACCAUUACAAGUUGCACGGCGAGCCAGUGGGCAAACUGUGCGAGCACAACGCCGGCGUGGCGAAUGCGUGCCAUCAAGUUCAAGUCGCGCAGUCCUGGCAAAUUCUCAAGCUGUUUUUCGCAACGGAGGUCCCUGUUGCACCCGCGAUCGCCUCGGAAGACCUGCACGCACAUCCAAACGAUUCAUCCUUCCUACGACCAGCCUCAGCGGUCGACAAUGAUGAUCCUCAUCGCAACUUUAACAUGAUAGACCAAGAACCAGUUGGCUUUUCCCUUCCAAUUGUAUCCGAUCAGCAAAUGGUGCACGAACUAAUGGCCGACAGUAGCAAUAACUGGGUUUUGCAAAAUGAGGUGAUUGAGCGCCUUACACCCAUUUCUAGUCGACCGUCAAGUCCGACCUCAAAGCAUUCGCUUUCCCGGCCAAUGUCGCCCACCCUUGGGAUGAAUGGCCAGAGUUCCAGCGCCGCAAAGUCACGCGAAGGGAUUACGCCAGAUCCUGCGAGCACCAGUGCGCUCGGGACAUACUCUGGUGUACCAAACGGCGCUAAGAGCACCACCCUCCUCGGAGGCUGGAACCACCAACCCAUGGUGGUUGCACUUCUGCACUACUAUGCCGAGCGUGGAGACGUUCAAACUGCCGUCACCAUGCUCACAGUCCUGAAUACCGUGCUAGCGGAAGAUGCCGUCCCCAGCAACACUCAGGAGCAGUGGUACAUUGCUUACAUUGACUUGCUGCAUCGCUUCGAGCUAUACUCGAUUGCAGCUGAUGUGAUGAGGAGCAGCACCAACACAACUGUGCAAGGCUUGAAUCAGGACACCACGACUGUUCAUACUAGCUGCAGCAACUGCAAAAAGCCAUUGUUCAAGUCUGGUUGGGUGUGCGACCGAUGCCUGAAGCUCACCAACAGCUGCUCAGUGUGCCAUCAAACGGUCAAAGGGCUCUACGUCUGGUGCCAAGGUUGCGGCCACGGCGGUCAUAUUACGCACAUGCAGGAUUGGUUUUCCAAGCACACACUCUGUCCUGCCGGGUGCUUGCACCACUGCGAGUUUAUUUGAUUUGUUUGUUCUGAAUGCAACUCUCCAGAUUGUCAAAAGUGGAUUCAUGGAACGA